AUGUCUGAUAAUGUAGCUCAUGCUAUUAGUGGAGGAGGCAUCAUUUCAAUGGUAUUGACUUAUCCUUUGAUAACCAUUAGUUCUAGAUUACAAGUUCAAAAGAAUAAUAAAGGGAGAGACGCGAUUGCAAAAAUUCUAAAAAAUGAAGGUGUUGGCGGGUUAUACUCUGGAUUAAGUUCGGCAAUUUUUGGAAUUUCCAUUACGAAUGGGGUUUAUUAUUAUUUUUACGAAUUGACCAAGAAAUUUUUUGAGAAAUCCAAUAAACGACGAGGAGGAGGAAGUAUGUCAGUUUUGCAAUCAAUGAUUGCUGGUGCAAUUGCCGGAUCUGCUACUGUAAUAGUUACUAAUCCUAUUUGGGUGGUUAAUAUUAUAAAAGAAGAUGGAAUUAAAUCAUUUUGGCAGGGUGUAAUUCCUGCUUUGAUUUUAGUGAUUAAUCCAAUUAUUCAAUAUACUGCUUUUGAACAAAUCAAAGCAAAAAUAGAGAAAUCUGGUGUUAAAUUAGGAAAUUUGCAUUUCUUUUUAUUGGGAGCUAUUAGUAAAUUGAUUGCUACUGGAACUACUUAUCCUUACAUUGUAAUCAAAUCUCGUAUGCAACUUCGUCAAUCAACCAAUGCAAGAUAUAAAUCCGUCUUUGAUGGAUUACAAAAAAUUAGACACGAUGAAGGAUUUAGUGGCCUUUAUAAAGUGUAG